AUGUCUCCGAUUGAGAAUUCGUCGUCUUGGACACUCGAAUCCGACCUCGAAGAUCUCGACAUUGACCUCCAGGAUUACGGACCAUCCGUACCUCUGAAGAAAGUCCCCAACGGAGACGUUUUCGAAGCCUCACGCGCCGGUGACGUCGACAGGCUCCGGUACUUUCUCGAGACCGGAGUGAAUGUUAACGCUCGUGACCGAUGGGACUCCGUCGCUCUCUAUUACGCUUGCCUCGCUGGCCACAUCGACGCCGCGAGGAUGCUUCUAGAGAACGGCGCGAUUUGCUCGGAGCAUACUUUCGACGGCGAUCGUUGUCACUACGCUUCUCUGAACCUCAGGAUUCGGAAGCUUCUCAAGGCGUUCGAAGCUCGUCCGCCUCCGCUUGGUCCCUUGCAAGCUUCUCUUAGGGAAACGUUUUUGGGAUGUUGUCACAAUCGGAAUUAUCUGAAACAAGCUUCCGAUGCUAAUAUUGAUGUGUCCGUUUCAGUAGAUCCUUCGAGUGAGAUGAGUAAUUCCAAUUACUUCCCACCGGAUGUGACAUUCUUUGUGCAAGGCAGACCAAUUGAAGCACACAGGGUUAUCUUAAGUGCUCGAUCUCCGUUCUUCAAGCAAAAGUUUGAGAAUGAAUGGAAAGACCGGAGAGAAGUUAGGUUCUCGAAAGAGAAGCUUUCUUAUCCUGCUUUGCGUAGCCUCAUCCACUUCUUCUACUCAGAUAGGCUGGAAACAUCGGUUGAUGAUAUGGAAGACCUCGUGAGGAUCUGCAAAGUUUGUAAAUGUGAAUCGUUGCAGAAGAUCAUUGAGAAGGAACUGGUUCACCAGAGAUAUGCAGAGUACAAGACGCAUAGAGAUCUUGAUAACUCCAUGAAACGGUUUAUCUUACAGGGGAUAUCUCUUCCAGAGGAAGACAGGCUUCCUGCUUCACUGCGCAGGAUUCUUCGAGCUUCCCUUGCGAAAUCUUUUGCAGAUAAUGGCGAUGAUAUGAGAGUCAGUGAUUCUGUGGAGAAUCUUGCUGAUGUUUGUGUUAAAGUUGAUAAAAGGACAUUCUUUUGCCAUCAAGUGAUUCUAGCUUCGAGAUCAGAGUACUUCAGAGCACGAUUGUCCCGUGUGAACGAUUUCCAUGAAGGGAGAAAUAGCUUGCCUGGUGGUAGUCUUCCGUUUCUUGAAGAACAUGAUUUGAGCGCAGAGGCUUUCGAGAAGAUGAUUGAGUAUAUGUACACUGAUGGCUUGAAGGAGAUCAAUCCAAAUCAGGCUGAGGAGAUCUUUGACGUUGCAUCUCGCUACUUACUGUUUCCUCUUAAACGUGCUGUUGCUGACGCCUUGUUGCCUCACUUGGAAACUGCCACACUUGCAGAGAUCUGUCAGUGGCUUGUUUUGUCAGAUAUGUACGGCGUGUUGAAGAUAAGAGAGUACUGCCUAGACUUGGUUGCUUGUAAUUUCGAGGCAUUUGUUGAAACCCGCGAGUUCAGGGCAAUGCUAUUGACAUUGCCUCCACCAUCAGGGGACUCUUCGCUGCGAACCACUGUUCCAAGUGCACCGGGUGCAAUGAUGACCACAGACCAAGGGAAUCUGCUCGAUGAUCUGAGAGAGAAGUGGCUUGAAGCAGAGGCUUUAGAGCUUGACAUGAGAGACGAGAGUGCUUUGGUUUUCGAUAAACGCCUCAGAAUGCUCGUUGAAAUGGCAGAGCAAGAGAAAGCUGAGUCAGAAGCUGAGGAUGACAAAGACAUUGGCGCAUAA